ACAAAACACAAACAAAAACAUCAGUUGAGCUUAGAUUUAACCUCAAAAUUAAUUAUGUGGUUGUUAUGUGUGCAUUGUAAUAAUUGAGGUAGUAAUUAUAAAAUAUUUACAUUGAUGUUUAAAAAUAGUUUGUUAUAAUUUAGUAAUAAUUUAAUUUACAAUGAAGCGUCGGGUUAUAAGUACGGCUUGUGAAAUUAAUCAGAAUUCCUCGACUUCACAAGAAGUUGUGCUUGUACAAGAAACUCUUAAUCCUUUGGGUCAAACACUAGUAAAUUCGUAUGCAGUUCAUAAAAAUUCAACAAUGGACUUAAUAGAACUUGCUCGAGAGAUACAGAAGGCAGACACAUUUGUGCAAGCAACAACCUGUAACAAAAUAAAAGUGAUUGCGGAUCAAAUGAGAUUUCUGAAACAACAAGCAGAAUCUAUACUGUUAGAAGCUAAACGCGAUUCUGAUUUGCACCAUGUUGCUUGUAACUUUAAGAAGAUACCUGGAAAUACUUAUCACUUGUAUAAAAGGCCCUGUGGUCAGCGGUUUUUCUCAAUCAUUUCACCUCAAGAAUGGGGUUCUUCAUUACCAAGUGAAUAUAUUGGCUCUUAUCGACUAGAACAGGACAUGUCAUGGACACCUUGUGAUGAAACAAAAUCUUCAGAAGUAAAAAACAACUUAAUUUUACUUAAAAGAAUAUUACAAAUGGAACAAGUGGAACCCAGUGAUGCAAAUAUUGAACAUAUGAUGAUUGAUUUUCAGUGACUCAAUUAGACAACACCCUAUUUUGUAACUGAAAGACCUUAUUAUAGUGUACUUAAACAAGAUUUUACAAGAAACAGUCUUAAUAUUUAAAAAAAUACAUACAGGAUAUGGUCACAAAGUAAGUCUCUAAGAAAACAAAUAUAUAUAUAUAUAUUUGUUGUUGUUUGUUAAAGAAAAACAGUUUAUUCCAAAAUAAUUAGCUAUUUUCUUACAUAAAACCACAAAAUUGAAAGCUCUUACGUUGCACAAGCUUUUGUACUCCUUAAUCAUAAAAAAUACCAAGUCUGACCUCAACCAAGUAGUGACAGGCAGUGGUUGGUUGGUGGCUAGGUCUAGGCUGUCAGUGGGGAUGAAUCUGGUUAAGAGCACAUUCCAUAGGGAUAGGACAUGGAGUAAAUCCAAAUUCUAUAUAAAUUGAUAGUUAGAGAGCACAAACAUUUAAAAAUUAAAUUAAGAAAUAAUUGUAUGAAGUUAAUUUUCAAUUUUACUGUCAAGUAUUUUGAAAACAUGUAUUGCUGUUGCAGUGUUACAAAAAUAUGGUGUACAAUAUGUCUGAUUCACAUUAAAACAUAUAUUAGUGACAGAAUAUAAACAUUUGUAAGAAAUAUAAUAUUCUAUAUUAUGA